UUCGGACUAAAUUCAUGGCAAAAAUGCCCCACAUCUGAAACCUCACACUGCUAGUUUGUAAUCGAAAUCUCGCGAGAGAUUUGGAGGGUGGUUGAUGGCAUCGGGUGCACGGUACUUCUUGAUGGCCCGGUAUCAAUCCAGCGAAGCGCAGAGAAAGUAGCUGACACGAUGGGGAUGCUCUCUGUGAGCGUCGGGCACUUUCGGAACCGGGUUCGGACGGUUCGGAUGUGGAGCCGAGACUUAUACACAAUUUCAGCUACUUUUCGGAACAGCGGCGCGCUCGUCUCGACGUCACUGAUCCAAAGGAGAUGUGGGGGAUUAUAUCAGAGUUUCCCACUCGCUCGGUUACUUAGCGCAAACAAACUACCCAGAGGUUUUGAAAAGUUUUUCCCAAAGAGUGAACAAAGUGCUGGCGACAACAAAUCAGCUGAAGAUGAAAAUACCAAAGAGCAAGACUCUCUUGUAAGUGAAGGGAGGGACACAAAUGAUAAUGGGGACGAAAGACGAAGAGGAGAAAAAAAGAAAGAAUCACACUGGUGGACACGCUUUCAGGAUGAUUUCCCCUUGGAUGAAAAAGCAGUUCGCAACCUUGCAAUUGGGGCAGCAGGCAUGACCUCAGCUUUUUUGUACUUUUACUUCAGAGAGACGGGGGUCCAGAUCUCCUGGAAAGACUUUGUGCAUCACUACUUGAGCAGAGGCUUGGUGGAUCACCUGGAAGUUGUCAAUAAACAAUACGUCAAAGUAAUUCCUGCCCACGGAGUGAAAACAUCAGAAGUGAGCUAUUUGUGGUUCAACAUUGGCAGUGUUGACUCAUUUGAGCACAACCUGGAAAUGGCACAGCAAGAGAUGGGUCUGGAUUCCACACAGAAAGUGCCUGUAUUCUACAGCAGUGAAAGCGAUGGGACACUUCUUUACAGCAUUCUCCCAACCUUACUGCUGGUUGGCUUUAUACUUUUUGCCACGCGGCAGGGACCAAUGGCAGGAGGUCGUGGAGGUAGGGGGCAACGAAACCCCUUUAGCAUGAGUGAAUCCAAAGCCAAGAUAAUAAAAGACAACAUCAGCGUUCGAUUCAAGGAUGUUGCAGGCUGUGAGGAGGCUAAAUUGGAGAUUUUGGAAUUUGUCAACUUCUUGAAGAACCCGCGGCAGUAUCAGGACCUAGGAGCCAAGAUCCCAAAGGGUGCGGUGUUAUCGGGUCCACCUGGAACUGGCAAAACCUUGCUAGCUAAGGCCACUGCAGGAGAGGCCAACGUCCCCUUCAUCACCGUCAACGGCUCAGAGUUCCAGGAAAUGUUUGUUGGCGUGGGCCCAGCUAGGAUAAGAGAUAUGUUUGCCACAGCUCGAAAAAAUGCUCCAUGCAUCCUUUUCAUCGAUGAGAUUGAUGCAGUGGGCAGGAAGAGAGGCAGAGGGAACUUUAGCAACCAGAGCGAGCAGGAAAACACCCUCAACCAGUUGCUUGUGGAAAUGGACGGGUUCAACAGUAGCACUAACGUGGUCGUUUUAGCUGGCACCAAUCGAGCUGAUAUCUUGGAUCCAGCUUUGAUGAGGCCUGGACGCUUUGAUCGACAUAUAUACAUAGGCCCACCAGAUAUUAAAGGCAGGGCAUCCAUCUUUAAGGUGCAUUUAAGACCUCUAAAGUUGGACUCCAGUAUAGAAGUAAAGGCUUUGGCUAGGAUGCUAGCUGCUCUAACCCCAGGUUUUACUGGGGCUGAUAUUGCUAAUGUGUGUAAUGAGGCUGCUCUAAUAGCUGCACGUCACCUCAAACAACAUAUCAGUACCAAGCACUUUGAGCAGGCAGUCGACAGAGUUAUUGGAGGUCUGGAGAAAAAGACUCAGGUACUGCAGCUUCCAGAGAAGACUACUGUGGCGUAUCAUGAGGCCGGGCACGCUGUGACCGGCUGGUUCCUAGAACAUGCAGACCCUCUACUUAAGGUGUCCAUUGUUCCCAGAGGGAAGGGUUUGGGUUAUGCGCAGUAUCUGCCUAAGGAACAGUACCUGUUCACCCAGGAACAGCUGUUUGACAGAAUGUGCAUGAUGCUGGGGGGUCGAGUGGCUGAGCAGGUUUUCUUUCAUCGAAUCACCACCGGGGCGCAGGAUGACCUCAGGAAAGUCACACAAUCUGCCUAUGCACAGGUUGUACAGUUUGGAAUGAACGAGGCGGUGGGUCAGGUGUCCUUUGACCUCCCUCAGCAGGGUGACAUAGUAACUGAGAAACCCUUCAGUGAACCUACUGCCCAGCUUAUAGACCAGGAGGUCCGCUUGCUUAUAGAUGCUGCCUUCCAGCGAACACUUCAGCUCGUCACCGAUAAGAAAGAAAUGGUGGAGAAGGUGGCAAAACUUCUUCUAGAAAAGGAGAUUCUACACAAGGCCGACAUGGUGGAGCUGCUAGGAACUCGUCCCUUUCAAGAGAAUUCAUCAUAUGAGGAGUUUGUUGAAGGGCUUGGGGAAUUUGAGGAGGACACCUCUCUCCCUGAAGGGCUAAAGAACUGGAACAAGAACAAAGGGGAUGAAAAACACCCACAGAAUCGCCAAAGCAAAUCAGCCCUUUACCUGUAGGUGGACACGCAGCCUCAAUGCAAAUAUUCCACUGGAUUCAGGUGAAUUUAAGUGCAGCACCAUCUGGUCCAGACUGCAGCCUGUCAGGGCUGUGAAAAAAUAUCCCUUGUUCAUCUCACAACAGCUGCAAAUGGAGGGAUGGUGAUGUGUUGCACAGGUCUUAAAGGGCCUAGAUUAUGCAAUUUGCAUUUUUUUAUUGUAUUUUUAUUUUCCAGCAGGGAUUCCAAAAAAUUACUCAUUGUUUUAAUGUUAGGGCACUUUAAAGUCAGAAAGCUAGGGCUUCUGUGAAGAAGGCCGUUUGUGGCUUACAUUUUACUGGAGGUGCCUUCUACACCCUUCCUUCCAUACUGUGAUGGAGUCCUACCACAUACCACAAACAUACCACAGAAUAAUCUGUAGUCAUGGUCAGGAAAAUGAUUGAGCUCAAGUUACAAAAAAACUGAAAUCAAAUGAGAUAUGAUUUUUAAAAUUCAGAAUUAGUUGACAUCACAUGGCAAGUACAUUAGUUAUGGUGUGUAUUGGUCAGUUACACACUGUGCUGGUAUUACAUGGUGUGCUGGUAUUUUAUGCUGAUGCUCAUUGCCCUUAUUAAACCUUAUUCAAUUUCAGCAUACUAUAUGCUUAUUCUUUAGUCUGGUAGAGAUUUCCAUAAAUCUAUAAAUAUAAUAAGAAUUCUUCCAGUCUCAGCCACUUCAUUAUGUUGAUAGGGAAAACACAUUUUAAAUAGUUUGCUGAGUUUCUCAGAUGUUUAAGAUUUCAAAGGUACUUCUGGCUGUUAAAUCUUUCUUUCAAUGAAGCCAUUCUUACAUUUCUGGGACGUGGUGUUUCAACUUAAAUACAUUAAUAGAUUUUCAUCACCAUUACAGUCUUUCCUCAACCUGGUUCAUGUUAAUACAUCAGUAAAGGCAGCUGUUAGUACUCUGUGUUUGUAAAUUUGAUUUGUGCACAUAUGACUGAUAUUACAAAUGGAUCAUAUGUACUGUAGGUAGUAGGUAGGAACUGAGCUGAGUAAGAAUCAAAUAACAAAAUGGCAUAUUACACACUGCUGAAAUGUUUUCUUUAAAACAGAUAUUUAACUCUUAAUUCACUCACACUACCUCACACUCUCUAUAUUCUUAACAUUAUCCUCUGGACAAUUCAUUAGUCUGCAUUGGGUGGCCUUCUGCAUACCUUGAAACGCUCCUCCAUCAACAUAUUGCCUUUAUUCAUGGAGUCAUCCUUUCAGUCAGAACACACUGUUAUCAUAAUGUUAAUAGUGUUUUAAUGGUUAGGCCAGUAGCUCUUAGCUAAGUAAACAAGUUUAAUAUAAAUAUUUACUUGAACUGAUGCCUUGCAGUAGAUGGUUAAAGGACCCCAACCAGCGUGACACUGGAACAUCUUUGGCUGGUGUUGGAAUCCAGAUUUUAAUUUAACAUUAAGAAAUAAAUGAAGAGGAAGCUGGUUGUAUAUCACUGUGUAUGAAAGACAUUGUGUGUUUUAUGCCUGCUUGACAAUGUACUGUUCUUGUUUUUGCUUGAUGAAUAUUUCUUUUUACUUCAGUGAGGAUUAUUGAUUUUACAAAUGUGUGUGUGUGUGUGUGUGUGUGUGUGUGUGUGUGUGUGUGUGUGUGUGUGUGUGUGUGUGUGUGUGUGUGUGUGUGUGUGUGUGUGUGUGUGUGUGUGUGUGUGUGUGUGUGUGUGUGUGUGUGUGUGUGUGUGUGUGUGUGUGUGUGUGUGUGUGUGUGUGUGUGUGUGUGAGAGAGUGAAAAUACCCACCAACCAGUUGGCUAAUCUUGUCGAUGGCAUCGUCAAACACUAGAAGAGAGGCAUAGAAACGAUGUCCGAACAAGUGAUCUAAAUGUGAGGCUGUUGUGGCUCACACUGAUAUUAAACGAUUUUUAUAGCCCA